AUGGGCAAGGCGAAGAAGACGCGGAAGUUUGCAGCCGUGAAAAGGCGCAUCAACCCAAAGGACGAGAGACUGAAGAAAGACGACGAGAAGAAGGCUUUGCGGGAGGCGAAGAAAAAACAGAGAGAAGAGACCAUUCGAGAACAUGUGCAGGCGAACAGCAGCAUGUUUUUCCUCUAUAACACGAACCUCGUCCCGCCCUACCAAGUGAUCGUCGACACAAACUUCGUCAACGCAGCUGUCCAGAUCAAGACGGACGUGAUCAAGGGUCUGAUGGACUGCCUCGUCGCCAAGUGCAUUCCGUGCAUCACGGAUUGCGCGGUAGCCGAGUUGGAAAAGCUCGGGCACCGCUACCGCCUCGCCCUCGCUCUCGCGAAAGACCGACGAUUCAAGCGCCUGACUUGCUGCCACCCUGGGACGUACGCCGACGACUGCAUUGUUCGUCGCGUCACAGAGCACAAGUGCUACCUUGUAGCAACGAACGACAAAGACUUGAAGCGGCGCAUUCGGAAGAUCCCCGGUGUCCCAAUCAUCUACGUGAAAAACCACAAAUUUGCAGUCGAACGGUUGCCAGACGCUAUCGCCUCCGUUCCUUCGGCUUCGAAGAGGUUCCCGCCCGUUCAGGAUCGCGGGAAUGAUGCGCGGGUCCGCUUGGGGCGGAUACUCGAUGAGUCUAACCAAAAGGAUCGCCGGGGCCGAGACAACGCAAAAAAGGAGACAGAGCCAGCGCGGGAAGACGCCGAAGAAGAGGAGGAAGAAGAGAGGGACGAAGCGAGAGAAGAAGAGAGCGAAGAAGAGAGAGAAGAGGAGGGAGAAGAAGAGAGCGACGAAGAGAGCGACGAAGAGAGCGACGAAGAGAGCGACGAAGAGAGAGAAGAAGACAGAGAAGAAGACAGAGAAGAAGAGAGCGAAGAGGAGAGAGAAGAAGAGAGAGAAGAGGAGUUGGACCUGGAGAUGAGAGAGUUUCGCGGACAAGAGACUGGAUUCUUUGAACCAAGGGAGCACGUGGUGGGGAAGGGAAAAGAAACCGUUUUCCAAAGUGCGGUGGAAAGUCUGGGCCAGGAGGGAUAA